AUGGGGCUGGACAUCUCCAAUAUGCUCACCCCCAGCAGAGCUCCGUUCUAUGGCAUCAUUCCAAGAAACGUGGCUACGCCACUCGGUUCAGUUAUCCUACCAGUCACCUUUGGGACGAAGGACAACGACCACACAGAGUACAUCAAGUUCAAGGUGGCUGACUUCGAGUCGUCAUAUCAUGCUAUCUUCGGCAGACCAGCAUUGGCCAAAUUCAUAGCCGUGCCUCACUACAUUUACCUACUACUCAAGAUUCCAAGCAAGACAGGCGUCCUCACGUUCCGUGGUGACUUGAAGAAGUUGUACGACUGCGACCAAGAAGCGAUCGAGUAUGCCGUGACAUCACACAUGCUAGAGCCUUCUGCGAAAGUCUUUGCGACCAUGAAAAAGCUCACCAACUUAGAGAUGGAGAUCUCCAGCCAGAGGCCUAGCAAGUCGAGGGUUAAACCCAACCCCAGCGAUAUCAGCGUCAAGGCCAUCCAGCUGCAAGAAGGCGACUCGUCCAAGACUGUUUUGAUCAGAGGCGGCUUGAGUGACAAAUAG